UUGACGGACGAAGAGAUCCUAGGUGCAUUGACAUGCAAAGGAACAGAUUACAUUCGCGUGUUUGAUAAGAAAACACUUCCAGUCCGAUUCCAUUUCAGCGAAUCGAAAAGAAUUGGUGAUUUUGUCAUUCUUGCACAUGAGGCAUCUCGAACAUACAUACAUCGUACGGAUGUAAAAUCUAAAGACGUUGGCAGUCACGGUUUCGACUUCAUAGACCCCGACAUGCAUACCAUUAUGUUUGCGAGAGGACCCAGUUUCAAACAAGGAACAGUGCUGCCGAGUUUCAUGAACGUAGAAUACAUGAAUUUAUGGACA